GGUGUGUAGGAAACUAUUUUGUAGAAGAGCAUUCAUACUGCAGUGUGACACACACCCACGCAUGCAAACAUUGUCCCUCAGGCUGCGAUGUGGCCGCGUGUAAUUGACACUCGGAAGAUCAGUUUCACCGUCAAUUUCCUCAGACGCUCCACCCUUCUUUGGGUCGGUAACAACAGCGUAUUCCCACCAUCCAGAGCUGGUGACAUGUCCACCUCGUCCUCCGACCCUAGCCUGGCGGUGGCCGCCAUGAGAAAGAGUUACAAAUGCGACCAGGAAGCUUUUGAAGAGAACCAGCUGGUUUCUCUGGAUCCCAUGAAGCAGUUUGCUGACUGGUUUGAAGCAGCCACGAAAUGCCCAUCGAUCCAAGAAGCUAAUGCCAUGUGUCUCGCUACCUGCACCAAGGAUGGAAAGCCUUCUGCUCGAAUGUUGCUUCUGAAAGGGUUUGGACCUGAGGGAUUUAAAUUCUACACAAACCACGAGAGCAGGAAAGGAAGGGAGCUCGAAUCCAAUCCAGUUGCAGCAAUAGUAUUUUACUGGGAGGCCCUGAAUAGGCAAGUACGCAUCGAAGGUCACGUGACCAAGUUGCCAGUCACAGAUUCGGAGGAGUACUUCCAUUCUCGACCCAAGAGUAGCCAAAUCGGUGCUGUGGUCAGCCGGCAGAGUACAGUGAUCCCUGACAGAGAGUUUCUAAGGAAGAAGAAUGCACAGUUGGAGGAACUCUACAAAGACAGGGAGGUUCCAAUGCCCGAGUACUGGGGAGGAUAUCUUCUGGAGCCUGACACCAUUGAGUUCUGGCAAGGCCAGACCAAUCGUCUACAUGACCGAAUCCAAUUCCAGCGUUUAAAAGGAGGGAACAUUGCAGAUGCUGCCAUGAUUCACAAGGCUGAAGGAGAUUGGGUGUAUAAAAGACUGUCGCCCUGACAACUGCAUGACCAUCAGUCUUCAAACCAUUCCUCAUCCAACCAGAGAAUAAUAAUCAUUUUCUUCUAAA